AUGGCUCAAAUCAUUCAAAACGGACAUCACGCAUCUGGAAUCAAGCCAUUGUCCAAUGGUGACCAAAACCCAAAACAACAACAGCCUGAAGACCAAGAACUUGUUGCACUUUUCGCCGCAACAGACACCCCUGCAGUCUCUGAUGCUCUCGACAAGUUGGGUAUACCAGGCCAAGUCAUGAACAUCAUGCCCUUGGCCAACUACCAAAAGGUCACUAUUGGACCAGCCUUUACUGUACGCUACGUACCCAUCUCCAGUAGUGGCCCACCUAAAGGUGUUGGCGACUGGAUUGACGACGUUGCUCAAGGCGAUGUCAUUCUCAUCGACAAUGGCGGUCGCACAGACUGUACUGUCUGGGGUGAUAUUAUGACUCAGUACGCUGGCAUCAGAGACAUUGCCGGGACGGUUAUUGACGGUGUCUGUCGCGACGUGAACCGUGCCAUCAACGACGACUACCCCAUGUUUACGGCUGGUCGUUUCAUGAGGACUGCAAAAGAUAGAAUUGAGGUGGGAGCUGUGAAUGAGCCUGUUGGGAUUGGACAUGUGCAUGUAAAGCCCCGCGAUAUUGUUGUUGCCGACGCCAAUGGUGUUGUUAUUGUCCCAAGGGAUCGCGCUCGCGAAGUGGCUGAGAUUGCACGUCGCAUUGACGAAAGUGAGGAGCGUAUUCGGGAGAUGAUCUCCACUGGAACGACACUUGGCCAGGCACGGGCUGAGCUCAACUAUCAUAAACUACAGCGCAAGGAUUAG